AUGAUGGGAUUUUCCUUCAAGAAGCCGCGCUCGGCGACCCCGUCGUCGAACAUUCUCUCCUUGGUUCCACCCUCCGAAGGUCUCUUCGGUUGGAUCGCCUUCGCUAUCGAUCCUACUCGCGCGGGGUUGAUUCAAGCUGCGGCUGCGUUGACGUCGGAUGGAGGUGUACCUGUUGCUGGCGGUGGGGGGGGGGACCUCCUCCUCAUGUGGUGUAGGACUACGACGACGACUGUUCAGGAGAAUGGGGAAUGUGGAGAGAGGAGUGGAGAGAACAGGUGGGCAGAGGUUUGA